UUUAAGAAACGGUCGUUUUUUUUUUCUUUCGUCCCUACGAUGGAACUCGACCUGCACCAGAACCGUUUGGUUACCAACAUUCUUCGAAAUAUCUUCCUUCGUGUCCCGCACAACAAAGAAAUGCCUACAGAUUUGGACCGACACCGGGGUGAGUAAACGAUGACCCAAGUUUCAUCUUUGGGGUGAACUAGCCCUUUAAUAAACGGUCUUGAAACCGGCACGCGAGUCUUGAAACUACAAUUCCCAUGAUUCCCUUCGCUCUUGCGGAAGUCCGGGUCAGCUGACGUCUGUGCGGCUCAGUGUUUUAACACACAAAUAAAUGCCUUGGUAGUUUUGUACCUUCAGCGAACUUUCUUUACAACACAAAUAAUAAUAAUAAUAAUAAUGUUACGGCCCAAAGCGUUAACUCAGGUCCUCAGUCAGGCGAACACAAACGGCGUCCAGAGCACUCUAUUACUGAAUAAUGAAGGCUCUCUGCUGGCUUAUUCGGGUUACGGGGACACGGACGCUCGGGUUACAGCCGCCAUCGCCAGCAACAUCUGGGCUGCUUAUGACAAAAACGGACAUCAGGCUUUUAACGAGGACAAACUGAAGUUUAUUCUGAUGGACUGCAUGGAAGGCAGAGUGGCCAUCACCCGGGUCGCAAACUUACUGCUGUGCAUGUACGCCAAGGAGACCGUGGGCUUCGGGAUGCUGAAAGCCAAGGCGGAGGCCCUGGUGGAGUACCUUCAGGAACCACUGACGCAAGUGGCAGCCUCGUAGAUACAUCCAUCUGAAAUUUGGCCUUUAUUUUUUUGUUAAAACCCUAUGAUUUCAUGCUUUAUUUAUUUGCUUAGUCGAUCCUUCUAAUCUUCAUAACAGGCUAAAAUUAUGCCGUUCUUAUACAACUUCUUAUUAAUCAGAAUCUAAUUGAACUUUGUUUUUGUUUUUGUUGUUUUUUUCCCCCCCUCAGCAUCUUUUAAUUGUUGCAUCUAACCAAUUAACUUAUAAAUAAGCCAAUAUUUGUUUGAAAAAAAUAAUAAUAAUAAACGUGCUUUUUUUUUUUUU